UUACAACUUUUGCAGUUAUCCAAAUCUAGGACCACCAAAAAAAAAAACACCAACAAUGAAUAGAUUCUCUAAAAUAUUUUUUCCCCAAUUAAUUGUGCCAAAAAAUGCUGUUGUCAAGAACCAGGAACUACACUCAAAGAGUCAGAAGCUUAUGAUAGAUACAGGACUAAUUAAGCAUUGUGGAAAUGGAACUUACUAUAUCCUGCCUUUACUUCAAAGAUCUAUGGAGAAAUUGAUUCGGAUUAUUGACAAAUACAUGAGUGAGAUUGAUGGACAAAAGUUGACGAUGCCUACAUUAACAGCUGCUGAUUUGUGGAAGAAAUCUGGAAGAUUUGAAACUGCAGCUACAGAACUGAUGAUCACAAAGGAUAGACACGAAAGAACACAGAUUCUGAGUCCUACUCAUGAAGAGUCAGUGACAAAUUUGAUAGCUUCAAUCUCGCCAGUAUCAUACAAAAGUCUUCCACUUAGGUUGUAUCAAAUAACACCAAAGUUCCGCGAUGAGCUUAGACCGAAAUUCGGGCUGUUGAGAGCUAAAGAGUUUCUAAUGAAGGACAUGUACACGUUUGACAUUAAUUUAGAGAAAGCUAAGAAGACUUAUGAUGCAGUCAAUGAACAGUAUGCAAAAAUUCUUAAUCACCUUAAAGUUCCGUUCGUAAAGAUCACUGCUGAUACAGGAAAUAUGGGUGGAAAGAUUUCACAUGAAUAUCAUAUAAUAACGGAAAUAGGCGAGGACUCAAUCAUCUCAUGCCCAAAGUGCUGUCAUGCAAUAAAUCGUGAACUUGCAAAGGAUGGCAAAAUUUGCGAGAAAUGUUGCGAAAAUGAUCUCAAAAAUGAGCAAGGCAUUGAAAUUGGACAUACAUUUAUCCUAGAAGACAGAUACUCAAAAUUACUCAAGGCUUCGUUCCUUAAUAAAUCAGGAAAGCCUGAAUAUCUACAAAUGGGAUGUUAUGGAAUUGGAGUUACUCGAUUGAUUGCUGCCUCAAUAGAACUAUUCUCAAGUGAGACUGAAAUUCGAUGGUCACAAGAAUUAGCUCCAUAUAAAGUCUGCAUCCUGCCACCAAAAGAAGGAAGUAAAGAAGAAGCAAUAACAACGCAUUUAGACAUGGAAAUUUACAACAAUUUAUCACAUUUAGAUGAUAUAAUAAUUGAUGAUAGAACUCACAUGACUAUCGGAAAGCGUCUUAUGGACAUGAAAAAGUUGGGAAUUCCGUACUUGAUUGUCAUUGGAUCAAAAUCAGCUGACUCACAAAAUCCAUCAAUUGAAGUUCAUGACUUAAAGAAUAAUUAUGUCAAUGACAUGAGCAUUAAUGAUGCAAUUAAUUAUGUAGAAAAAUGUUUAAAGACAUAAGAUUGACUCUUUUAAAUAUA